AUGAAGCUCUUCGCGAUCCUGCUCUCCAUCACAGUUGGAAUCCUGUCGGUAGUAUUGUUCAAGGAGCACAUCCUCGAGACAGCCUCGGCCCUGUAUAACAACCUCGUCAUCUUUACCAGCAACAACAGCAGUAGCAGUAGCAGCAUCGACAGCGCCGCCAUGACAGACUCCUCGACCCCUCAAGAGCAGCCGGCGCCGGCGGCGAACGCGAGCGCCCCGCGCGCGAUCCGCAAGGCCUUCCUGGCCGUCGAGCAGGCAGAGGGCGCCGGCGCCCGCGUCAGGAGGUCCAUCGGCACGCCGCAGCUCAAGAACUUCUCGCCCUUCCUGAUGCUGGACCACUUCUCCGUGAAGCCGGGCGCGGGGUUCCCUGACCACCCGCACCGGGGCCAAGAGACAAUCACAUACAUGCUCUCGGGCGCCUUCGACCACGAAGACUUCGCGGGCAACAAGGGCACCAUCCACGCGGGCGACCUGCAGUUCAUGACGGCCGGCCGCGGCAUCGUGCACAGCGAGAUGCCCGCGCAGAACGCCGACGGCAGCGCCAACACGGGCCUGCAGCUGUGGGUGGACCUCCCCCGCGAACUAAAAUCGUGCGAGCCGCGCUACCGCGACCUGCGCGCCGAGGAGGUCCCCGCCGCCGAGUCGGGCGACGGGAAGGUCCGCGUCAGGGUUAUCUCGGGCCAGAGCCACGGGGUCGACUCGGUGAAGGACCUGGCGUACACGCCUGUGUGGCUGCUGGACGUCACGGUCAAGCCGGGCGGGAGGGUCGAGCAGCCUAUCCCGGAGGGGUUUAAUGCGUUUUUGUAUACGCUUGAGGGCACGGCGCUGUUUGGGGCGGAGAAGAGGGCUGUGCCGCAGUAUCAUAAUGUUGUGUUUGAGCUCGAGGGGGGCACGAUCGUUGCUGAGAAUGAGGAGGGGAGCGAGGGGGAUGCGCGGUUCGUCAUUGUCGCGGGCAAGGUGCUGGACCAGCCUGUUGUGCAGUACGGCCCGUUUGUGGUGACCUCGCUCCAGGAGGUGCGAGAGGCUUUGCAAGACUAUUCGACGCAUACGAGAGGGUUUGAGAGGGCUGAAGGGUGGGCGAGUGAGAUUGGGAAGUCGAUGGUGCAUUAG